AUGGUCAUAAGUGGCCAUCUUCAUUACCAUGAAAGAAGCCACACAGGAGAGAAAGGUUUUGAAUGCUCAGAAUGUUGGAAAAGAUUCAGUAGACGUACUCAUCUUCAAAGUCAUCAAAGAAUCCACACAGGGGAGAAACCAUUUGAAUGCUCAGAAUGUGGAAAGGGAUUCAGUGAGAGUGGCACUCUUCAACACCAUCAGAGAACCCACACAGGAGAGAAACGUUUUGAAUGCUCAGAGUGUGGAAAGAGAUUCAUUCACAGUUCCAGUCUUCAGCGGCAUCAGAGAAUCCACACAGGGGAGAAACCUUUUGAAUGCUCAGAAUGUGGAAAGAGAUUCAGUAGCAAUGGCCAUCUUCAAGAGCAUCAGAGAACGCAUACUGGAGAGAAGCCAUAUAAAUGCUUGGAGUGCGGUAAGUGUUUUUCUAAAAAUGGCCAUCUAAGGAGACAUCAAAAGAUUCAUACUGGGGAGAAGCCGUAUAAAUGCUUGGAAUGUGGAAAGUGUUUUCCUGAUAAUGACCGCCUAAGGAGACAUCAAAGGAUUCAUACUGGGGAGAAGCCAUAUAAAUGCUUGGAGUGUGGUAAGUGUUUUCCUGAUAAUAACUACCUAAGGAGACAUCAAACAGUUCAUACUGGGGAGAAGCCAUAUAAAUGCUUGAAGUGUGGUAAAUGUUUUCCUGAUAAUAACUACCUAAGGAGACAUCAAACAGUUCAUACUGGGGAGAAGCCAUAUAAAUGCUUGGAGUGUGGAAAGUGCUUCUCUCAGAGUAGCUACCUAAUUUCACAUCAAAAGACUCAUGCUGGGGAGAAGCCACAUAAGUGCUUGGAGUGUGGAAAGUGCUUUACUCGGAACAUCAGCCUAAGGAGACAUCAAAUUAUUCAUACAGGAGAGAAGCCAUUUAAAUGCUUGGAGUGUGGAAAGUGCUUCUCUAGGAACUAUGAGCUAACUGUACAUAAAAUGAUUCAUAUAGGGGAGAAGCCAUUUAAAUGCUUUGAGUGUGGAAAGUGCUUCUCUAGGAAUGCUCAGCUAACUGUACAUCAAAUGAUUCAUACAGGGGAGAAGCCAUUUAAAUGCUUGGAGUGUGGAAAGUGCUUCUGUAGGAACUGUGAGCUAACUGUACAUCAAAUGAUUCAUACAGGGGAAAAGCCAUUUAAAUGCUUGGAGUGUGGAAAGUGCUUCUGUAGGAACUGUGAGCUAACUGUACAUCAAAUGAUUCAUGCAGGGGAGAAGCCAUUUAAAUGCUUGGAGUGUGGAAAGUGCUUCUGUAGGAACUAUGAGCUAACUGUACAUCAAAUGAUUCAUACAGGGGAGAAGCCAUUUAAAUGCUUGGAGUGUGGAAAGUGCUUCUUUAGGAAUGGUGAGCUAACUGUACAUCAAAUGAUUCAUACAGGGGAGAAGCCAUUUAAAUGCUUGGAGUGUGGAAAGUGCUUCUGUAGGAACAGUGUCCUAACUGUACAUCAAAAGACUCAUACUGGGGAGAAGCCGCAUAAGUGCUUGGAGUGUGGUAAGUGCUUUACUUGGAACGUCAGCCUAAGGAGACAUCAAAUGAUUCAUACAGGGGAGAAGCCAUUUAAAUGCUUGGAAUGUGGGAAGUGCUUUACGUAUUUUAGUUCACUAACUGUCCAUCAAAGAGUUCACACAGGGGAGAAGCCAUAUAAUUGCUUGGAGUGUGGAAAAUACUUCUCUUGGAAUGGCAACCUAAAAGCACAUCAAAAGAUUCAUACUGGGGAGAAGCCAUUUAAAUGCUUGGAAUGUGGAAAGUGCUUUUCUGGGAAUGGCCAACUAAGGUCACAUCAAAAGAUUCAUACUGGGGAGAAGCCAUUCAAAUGCUUGGAAUGUGGAAAGUGCUUCUCUCAGAAUGACACCCUAAAAACACAUCAAAAGAAUCAUAUUAGGGAAAAGCCAUAUAAAUGCCCUGAGUGUGGAAAGUGCUUCUCUUUCAAUGGCCUAACUUCACAUAAAAAGAUUCAUACUGGGAAGAAGCCAUACAAAUGUUUGGAGUGUAGGAAGUGCUUCUUCCAGAAUAGCCAUCUAAGGACACAUGAAAAGAUUCAUACUGGGGAGAAGCUGUAUAAAUGCUUGGAGUGUGGAAAAUGCUUCUAUCAGAAUUGGGAGCUAACUAGACAUCAAAGGUUUCACACAGGGGAGAAGCCAUAUAGCUGCUUGGAGUGUGGAAAGUGCUUCUCUUGGAAUGUUCAACUAACUGCACAUCAAAAGAUACAUACUGGGGAGAAGCCAUAUAAAUGCUUUGAGUGUGGAAAGUGCUACUCCUGGAAGAGCGGCUUGACUGCACAUCAAAAGAUUCAUACUGGGGGGAAGACAUUCAAAUGCUUGGAAUGUGAAAAGUGCUUCUCUUGGAACAGCACCCUAAAAGAACAUCAGAAGAUUCAUACUGGGGAGAAGCCAUUUAAAUGCUUGGAAUGUGGGAAGAGCUUCUCUCGGAAUGGCCAACUAAGGUCACAUCAAAAGAUUCAUACUGGGGAGAAGCCAUUCAAAUGCUUGGAAUGUGGAAAGUGCUUCUCUCGGUAUAACACCCUAAAAACACAUGAAAAGAUUCAUACUGGGGAGAAGCCAUAUAAAUGCUUUGAGUGUGGAAAGUGCUUCUCCCAGACUUGCAGCUUGACUGCACAUCAAAAGAUUCAUACUGGGGAGAAACCAUUCAAAUGCUUAGAGUGUGGAAAAUGCUUCUCUCUCAAUGGCAGCCUAACUACACAUCAAAAGAUUCAUACUGGGGAGAAGCCAUUUAAGUGCUUGGAGUGUGGGAAGUGCUUCUCCUUUAAUGGCAGCCUAAGGUCACAUCAAAAGAUUCAUACUGGGGAGAAACCACAUAAAUGCUUGGAGUGUGGGAAGUGCUUCUCCUUUAAUGGCAGCCUAAGAGCACAUCAAAAGAUUCAUACUGGGGAGAAGCCAUUUAAAUGCUUGGAGUGUGGAAAGUGCUUUUCUCGGAAUGACUUCUUAAAAGCACAUCAAAAUAUUCAUACUGGGGAGAAGCCAUUUAAGUGCUUGGAGUGUGGGAAGUGCUUCUCCUUUAAUGGCAGCCUAAGAGCACAUCAAAAGAUUCAUACUGGGGAGAAGCCAUUUAAAUGCUUGGAGUGUGGAAAGUGCUUUUCUCGGAAUGACUUCUUAAAAGCACAUCAAAAUAUUCAUACUGGGGAGAAGCCAUAUAAAUGCUUGGAGUGUGGAAAGUGCUUCUCCCAAAGUGGCCACCUAAGGUCACAUCAAAAGAUUCAUCGUGGGGACCUCCGGUGAGGAAUGAGGGUGGGCUGAAUUAAGGAACGACACGGUCCAGUUUGGAGAAAUCCCGCAGCUGUUGAUUGGUCUCUCUGGGUCUUAAAAGAUGAUGAAAAGGUGGCUCCUUUUGUCCAGUGUCAGGAGCUCUCCGGGUUUUCCUACAGAGUUCUUGUUUUAGCUCAGGGCUAGAGUCCUGGAGAUGUGAGAUUUAUGAUCCAGCUCAGGGCCCUGCCAAAGUCUUUUGGGGGGGGGUGGGGAAUGCAGCCUGUCCCUUCCUCCCAUCCUAAACUUCAAAGGAGUGCUCCACUGCUCUUGAUAAGGAGUGACUUUCUUCUCCAGCAAAGCUGCCCGUCUCUCAGACACGUCGGUGGGGAAAAAUAAACCUCUCUCUUACAGCACUUUCCAAGUAGUUGGUUUUCUGAGACUCUGGUGCAAGAAGCAUUUGAACCAGAAAAUGUUAUGGAGGAAUUCUGAAAACGAAACUUUGGCUUACCUGAAGGUUUCUUCUCUUUGGUGGGGCGAAAUCAUCCAGUUAUUUUUCCCUCCCCAAGAGGUUGUUGUUACACCUACUUGAAAGGUUGGCUCUUUUUUUCUUUUCUUCCCCUUUUGCAUGGUUGGAUUAAUAAAGUCGUAUUACUUG